AAUUGUCCCGCCUAUAUGGGACGAGGCUUCUUCUACUUCAGCGAAGAGUCAUUGGGAUUGCUGGUCCUAUCAUGGGUGACCCGCAAAGAUUUCGACCCCAUAAUUCAUCGCGAAAUGAACUACAGGAUCCGCUGGCUGGUGGACACUGGAAUGGUGCAGUUCUUCAUGCGCGACGUGUCCCCAGGUCCCACCGCGUGCUGGCUGCAACAACGCCACAAGAGCGACAUGGACGGGCGCAUGCUGGAGUUCGAGGACCUAGAGGCCGUGUUUGUCCUGUACGCGCUGCUGCUGCAGUUGGCACUCGCCGCCUUCAUUAUCGAAUGCCUUGGCGCUGUCUACGCCAAAGGCUGCGGUCGGUUUUGCCCCACUGUGCAACGCGGACGUUUCUAGCUUUUUGAUCGCUCGGCGCUGUCAGAGUUGUAAACGCCAGGCUGGCAAAAAGGAUGCGUUGUCUGCUCUCGCACUUCCGUGGCAGUGCGUCAGGCAGAAGAUAAAAAGCUACGAACAGUUGUCUCUAUAGCGUAUUCUGUUAAAACCUUAGGUUUAUUUGCAGCUUCCGUCUAGAUUGUGU